GCUCGGGAUCAGAGCGCGGAUGGAAGCGCAUGGUGUUGCUGCGCUCUAGAGAGGACUUGAAGUUCGGAUACCUGCCUGAAUGAACGCGUUUGAUUUUUCGCACCAUGGGAGACGGUUUACCGUCCGUAAACUUUAGUAAUGACUCUAAACGUGCCACCGUGGACCUUAACAAUCCAGGCGCUGGAAUGUCAGAACAGUGGGUCGUGGGCAUGGGAAUCCUUAUGGGUCUGAUAGUAUUUGUUAUUGUGGUGGGGAAUAUACUGGUUAUAGUCGCCAUAGCCCGGAAUCAGAGACUCCAGACGCUCACCAACGUUUUUAUCAUCUCUCUGGCGUGCGCAGACCUGAUCAUGGGGUUGCUGGUGGUGCCAUUUGGCGCAGCUUUGGAAGUCAGAGGAACCUGGAUGUAUGGAUCCUUUUUCUGUGAAUUCUGGAUAUCUGUUGAUGUGCUCUGCGUCACGGCGAGCAUUGAGACCCUCUGCGUAAUUGCAAUAGACAGGUAUAUUGCCAUAACCUCUCCAUUUCGUUAUCAGAGCCUUUUAACAAAAGCAAGGGCCAAGGUGGUGGUGUGUGGAGUGUGGGCUAUUUCAGCUCUGGUCUCCUUUCCACCCAUCCUAAUGCACUGGUCCCGGGACAUCGUGGAGACAUCCUGCUACGACAAUCCUGAGUGCUGUGACUUCGUCACCAACCGCGCGUACGCCAUCUCGUCCUCUGUUAUAUCAUUUUACAUCCCUUUAGUAGUUAUGAUAUUCGUUUACGCCAGGGUGUACAAAGAAGCCAAAAAACAACUGAACAAAAUCAAUAAAUGUGAGGGAAGGUUUCACAACAACCCCGGUGUAACUAACUGCAAACCUAACAGAAAAAGAACAACAAGGAUUCUGGCUAUAAAGGAGCAGAAGGCGUUGAAAACGUUGGGAAUAAUAAUGGGAACAUUCACACUGUGCUGGCUGCCGUUUUUCAUCGUUAACGUGAUGCGGGUGUUUUGCGCAGAAGUGGUGGAUAAGGAGCUCUUCGUGUUUUUGAACUGGCUGGGGUACGUGAACUCCGCGUUCAACCCGAUCAUUUAUUGCCGGAGUCCGGACUUCAGGAAAGCCUUCAAGAGGCUGUUGUGUUGUCCGAGACAGGCGGACCGCAGGCUGCAUGUGAGUUCGUGUGACCUGUCGCGCUGCACCCGAGGCUUUGGGAACUCAAUGGAGCAGAGUAUGCUCGGGACAUGGUCGGACUGUAACGGCGCGGACAGCAGCGAUUCCAGUCCGGAGAGGAACAGCAAAAGGUCCCAUUCCGAGUCACAGCUGUAGCUAAAUUACAAACAGAGAAGACAAGAACACGUCUUGUCCGAACAAACAACAAAAUAAUAAAUAAAAAAGAGCCGUUUAAAAUGUUUAAUCGUUAAAAAAAAUUAAAAAAAAAUUAAAAAAAAUAAAUAAAACGAGACAAACAGGAAUAAAUGUCGCUAUGAAACUGAACGGUAAAGCAGUGUUUUUAUUCUUCGUGGCAAUGUUUUAAUCAUGCAAUGAGCCUUAUGGGUCGUGUUCAGACCGAACGCGUUCUAAUUAAAAAACUAGACGCAGCGCAGCGAACGCAGUCCCAAGACGCGUUUUUAAAAGUUGAAGAUCUUCUUUAAAUUGACACGGCGCCCAAAAAAAACCACUGCGCUCCAAACGCGAGACGUUUAGCGCAUUUUUACGUAGACAAACCAAAAACUGCGCAGACGGAUAAAAAAAAAGAAACGUGUUUGGUGUGAACGCCCCCUUACAGUGGUGUUUCGUUCAAAAUGUGGAAUUAAACGGCAUAAUUUUACCUCAUACCUGUAUAAUGUGCAAGUUGUACAAGGGGAAGUUGUUUAGUUGUUUAUAUUAAACAAUUUGUUUUAAAUGUACAGUAUUUAUUUGAUGCAUUGUACAGCAUACAUGAAAAAGCGUGGCAAAGUGAUACAAUUAUGUUAAAUAUAUCUGGUAACACUUUACAAUAAGGUUGUAUUCGUUAACAUUAGUUAGCAUAAUAAAUUAACAUGAACCAACAACGAAUAAUACUUUUUCAGUAGGCUACUUAUUUAACUUGGUUAAUGUUAAUUUUACCACAGACAUUACAUACAAUACAUUUACUAAUACAUUUUUAAAAUUAAAAGUUGUAAAUGUUAACAGUAGUUCAUGCAUUAUGAACUAAUCAGGAAAAAAAUCUAUUUUUAUAAAUGAACAUUAAGCAAGAUUAAGAAAUUCUGUUCAAACGUUGUUCAUUAGUUCAUGAUUGGCUACAAAUGCAUUUACUAUUAUUAACAAAUAGAACCUUAUUGCAAAGUCUUUCCAAUAUAUCUGUAAUUCAUUGCACCUUAUUUGUGUGAAAUGUGAGCUGCCCUUGGGGAAAUGAGCAUCAAGCAUUUUUUUUAUCCAUUUCACAUUACACAUUGCCAUUGUCAUUGAUGUUUUUCAAUUGAUUUGUCUGUAAAUGAGAUGCACACAUUUUUGGGGGUCAAGUUUUUUUUAUGAAUAUAUGAAUUACAACUUGACAUUUUGAAUCAAAUAAUUGAUGUACCAGUGCCUCAUGUGAAGUAUUGUACAAGAUGAAUCAUGUUGACGUCAUGUUGACUAGUGUGCAAUAAAAUGUCAUAUAGUGA